AUGUCCACCUUUAUAGCCCUGCUCUGUCUGGGAAUGACUCUGUGCCCUGGGACACCAGUGCUGACAGGAACCCUGCCUAAGUCUAUACUAAGAGCACAGCCAGAUACUGUGGUAUCCAAGCAGACUAACGUGACCUUCUUGUGUGAGGGUGUGAAAGGAGCCAAAGAGUUCCAUAUCUACAGAGAUGGAGUUCGAUAUACUCAGUUCACACAGAUUCUAUUAAAGCCUGAGAACAAGGCUGAAUUCUCCAUCUCAAACAUUGACCAGAACCAUGCAGGGAGAUAUCAGUGUUGCUAUCAGACCCAUGAUGGAUGGUCAGAGUACAGUGACACCUUGGAGCUGGUGGUGACAGGAGAACACAGUAAACCCAGUCUGUCAGCCCAGCCCAGCCCAGUGGUGACCUCAGGAGGAAAUGUCACCCUCCAGUGUGACUCACGGCAGCGACAUGACAGGUUUGUUCUGAUUAAGGAAGGACCACAGAAGCUCUCCUGGACACUGGACUCACAGUAUAACUUCUCUGAUAGACAAUACCAGGCCCUGUUCUUUGUGGGUCCUGUGACCUCCAACCCAAGGUGGACAUUCAGAUGCUAUAGUUUUGACAGAAACAGACCACUGGUGUGGUCAGAACCCAGUGAUUCACUGGAACUCCUGGUUUCAGGGCUGUCCAAGAAGCCCACCCUGCUGACUCACCAAGGCCAUAUCCUGGAUCUUUCAGAGAGUCUCACCCUGCAGUGUUGCUCUGAUAUCAACUAUGACAGAUUUGCUUUGUACAAGGUGGGGGAAAAUGACUUCACCCAGCACCAUGGCCAGUGGACUCAGGGUGGUCUCUCCUUUGCCAACUUCACACUGGGCUCUGUGAGCAGCUCUACUGGAGGCCAGUACAGAUGCUAUGGUGCACACAACCUCUCUUCUGAGUGGUCAGCCUCCAGUGACCCCUUGGACAUUCUGAUCACAGGACACUUUCCUGUCACUCCUGUUCUCUCAGUGAAGCUUAACUCAAUAGUACAUCCAGGAGACUAUGUGACGCUUCUGUGUUGGUCAAGAAACCCCGUAGACACUUUCAUUCUGUACAAGGAGGGAAAAGUCCAUCAACCUCAGCGACGAAUGGCAAUGUUCCAAGAUUCUCAGUACCAGGCAGAAUUCACCCUGAGUGCUGUGACCUCUGCUGUCUCAGGAAGCUACAGGUGCUAUGGUUCUCAAAACUCAUCACUAUACCUGUUGUCAUAUGCCAGUGCCCCUGUGGAGCUCAUCGUUUCAGGACCCACUGAAGCAUCCAGUCUGCCACCAUCGAAGUCCCUGCCACCAUCGCAGCCCAUGCCAACACCUGGACUGGAAAACUGCCUAAUGGCUCUGGUUGGAGUGUCUGUGGCCUUCCUCUUAUUACCAUUUAUCUUCAUCUUCCUCCUUCUCCUACAAAGGCAACAGGGAAAAUUAAGGAAGGAAGAUGCUUCAGUGGAGGACAUACAACUUGAGGAUGGUGUGGAACUGGACAGUUGGAGGCCCACGGAGAUAGGUCACCUGGGAGAUAUAUCCACCAAGAUGAAAUCCUCCAGGUUCAGGAGGGUAGGUGCUAUCCUACCUUCUCUGAUGUCAAGAGAAUUACUUGAUAGUAAAGGACAAGCAGAAGAGGGCAGGAAGAUGGACACUCAGGUCAUACUAUCUGAAGAACCUCAGGAUGUGGCCUAUGCCCAGCCAAUCAGCAGGACAUUCAGACAGGAGACAGCUGCACUUCCUCCCUUCGAGGCAGGGCAGGUGUCAGAGGAGCCAGUGUACGUGAUGCUCUGGUAG